GUAUUUAUUGGGAGAGUUCAGUAGCUCGUAUAUUGGGAUGCAGAGGAGUGGGGUUUAUUUACAAAAAUCAGCUGUUUUGCUUCCUCAAAAGCACAUUUCUUCUAUUUACUUGUCCGCAGUGGUUUUGUGAUUUUUUUGGUCACAUAUAGAAGAUGUGGGGAACAUAAAAUCUCUCAAUUUAGCAAAGAUAAAGUCAAAUACUGUGGUGGAACAUUUUUAUCUUGCCUUAUUGUUUGUGCCCGCGUUUCAUUGCGCACACUUUUGCUCAAUGUUUCAGUUCUCAAUUGUGUUUCCCAAUUGCAACAUAGUUGUAAAAGUCACACGGUUUAAUAUUGUCUAAGUGUUAAUUGAUAUUGAGUGUAGUGCUUAUGAUAGACACUAGAGAGUUGUUUUAUGUGGUAUAUCUCCUUUCUAAAAUUCUGGGAGAUAUUUGGGAGUGACGCAGCAAAAGUGGGGAGAUUCACAUUUGGAGGAGAUUGACGCCCACAGCCAGAUGAAUUCACUGGAAGUGACAAGGACGCACUUUGUGCCUCCGCAAGAGACGACACAUGAAGCAGCAGAGGAGAAUCUCCUGGAAACAAUUGCUGCAGACAAUGCAGAAUCACUCACUCUUGAAACAAAGACCCAUCACUUUAAAGCCAUCACAUGGAUGGAGGCAUUCCCACAAAUUUUGGCAAGUUGUUUGGUCUACUUAACUGUGAUUCAGGCAGGGAUCAAUAUGGCUUACUCGGCCAUCCUUCUACCUCAACUUUCUGAGCCAGAAAGUCCAAUUGUCGUGACAAAGGAUGAGGCUUCAUGGAUUGCCAGUUUGGUGACAAUUUCCCUACCAGUGGGCUCCAUUGCAGCUGGUCCCAUUAUGGACAAAGUGGGACGCAAAAAACUCUCCCUGUACUGCUGUUUCCCCUUUAUGUUGGCAUGGAUUUUAAUUGCCAGCGCUGAAAAUGUAUUGACCAUCUAUGUGGCUCGAGUUCUUGCCGGAAUGGCUGGCGGAUUAACCACCGUAGCCCUAGUUUAUGUCUCAGAAAUCAGCCAUCCGAUGUUCAGACCAAUGCUCUUAGGACUCAACAGUGUCUUCGUAUCUCUUGGUAUUUUACUGACUUGCUUCCUGGGACAGUUUUUCCAGUGGCGUACAAUAGCAUGUAUCUUCGGUGGACUGAGCUUUCUAACGCUCUGUGCCAUCUUAAUUGUUCCCGAAUCUACCUACUGGAUCGUCACAUUCCGACCCAAGAUGUUUGCCGAAGCAAAAACAUCCCUCCGCUGGCUCUACAGGAAAUCUAGUACUUAUGAAUCUCAGGUACAGGAACUCGCCAUGAGGAGUUACGUGAAACACUCCAACAUGAAUCAGCCUGAUCAAUCUAUGGGCUAUUUCUGCAGGCAAAAGCACGUUUAUAAGCCCUUCAUUAUCCUUCUCAUUUUGUUUGUUUUUCAACAACUCUCCGGAGCUUAUGUAAUAAUAUUCUAUGCUGUGAAUCUUUUCCUCAAGAUUGGAGGUCAAUUUGGGGAUCAGAUCAAUGAAUAUGGAGCCCUUAUGUUACUUGGAGUCAUUAGAUUUGUGGUAUCUUGCAUGAGUUCAGGUCUUGCUCGAAAGUUUGGAAGGAGAACUCUAAUGAGUGUCUCAGGAUGUGGAAUGGGAAUUUUUACCAUGAUUGCUGGCCUCUACAUGUGCUUCAGCGAUCUCAAGGAGGCAUCCGUUUUUGCUGGAGCUGGAACAACAACCAUAGCUCCAGUUCCUAAUCAAAUGGACGGUAAAGUCCUCUUGAUAUGUAUUCUGGGCUAUGUGUCAUUCAGUGCUCUGGGAUAUCUAGUUAUUCCUUGGACACUAAUUGGAGAAAUUCUUCCAACGGAAGUUAAGGGUAAAUUGGGCGGAAUCAUCAUCUCAAUGGCCUAUGUGAUGAUGUUCGGAGUCGUUAAGGCUUUUCCUUAUACAAUUGACUGGGUAGGUGCUCAGGGAGUUUUCUACAUCUUCGCCGUAACGAGUUUCCUAGGUGUUGUCUAUGUUUAUAUUUUACUACCGGAAACUUUUGGAAAGAGUUUUGACGAAAUUGCCAACUACUUUAAAGGUUCACCUCGACGAUAGAACGUCUUCCAAAGAUAAUAUUAGUCACAAUUUUAUAGAAAAGUUUUUUUUUUAAAUAGCAGACAAUAACCAAACGAUAUCAUUUUGUGAUGGAAUUUUUGUUAUUAAACGUAUUUGUCUAA